GGCACCAUGAAGUUUUUCGCUGCUUGCAUGUUAUCAGUCAUCGCUACUGCCGUAGCAUUGGCUCCCGUCUACCGUGUCGAUGAAGCGAACGACGGCGUCAGGGGACGUUACGUCAUUAAGAUAAAGGACGAUGUGGAUGACGUUGAUGCCGUAGUCGACAAGCUGGCCGACCUCCCAUCUUUCAAGCUGUUCCAGGGCAAGAUCUACCGCAGGUUCUACCAUGCCAUCAAGGGCUUCAGCGCCAGGCUCAGCGACGAACUCGUCGAGAUUGUGAGCGGACUUGAUGCUGUUGACUACAUUCAUCAAGAAACAAUCUUCAGGAAACAGACGAUUGCAUCUUGGGGUAUUGAUAGAGUCGAUCAAAGGGAUCUUCCUCUUGAUGAUAGCUACACUACUAAUGGAGAUGGCUCAGGCGUUCACGUCUACGUCAUUGAUACAGGGGUGAACGUGAUGCACGAUGACCUCGCUGGCCGUGUCGAAGUCGGAUUCGAUUCCCGUCUUGAUGACCCCAACGACCCCCAGUACGGUAUUGACUGCAACGGACACGGAUCGCAUUGCUCCGGAACGGUCGCAGGAACAACGUAUGGUGUCGCUAAGGGAGCAACAAUCGUCGGAGUUCGUGCCUUGAGUUGUGUGGGGUUCGGCCUUCUUACUGACAUAACCGCAGCUUACGAAUACGUCACAGUGAACGCUAUCAAGCCCGCUGUCGCAUCCAUGUCGCUAGGUGGCGCCAAGAACCCCUUCGUUGACCGUGCUACACAGGGAAUGAUUGACUCUGGAGUCAUUGUGAGCGUGGCUGCGGGUAACAGCGACACAGACGCUUGCACCUUCUCUCCCGCUAAUGUACCCGAAGCCAUCACGGCAGCUGCCUCAGACAUAAAUGACGUCAGAGCGUACUUCUCAAACUAUGGGUCGUGCAUAGAUAUCUUCGCCCCUGGCGUGGAGAUCACAAGCAUCUGGUACGAGGAUGCGACGGCCACCUAUGUAGCCAGCGGCACGUCCAUGGCUUGCCCUCAUGUGUCCGGAGCUGCAGCCGUUGUUCUUGGCAACAACCCGACUUUCACCGUGAGUCACGUGACCGCCGCGCUCGUGAAUGGCGCCACCAGAGACAAGAUUACAGACCCCAAGGGCUCCCCCAACCGUCUGCUUUACGUGGACUAAAACAUUCUCACCAAGGAGGGCGUCUGAUUCACCAUGAUUGACUCAGUGAUUAAUUGAUUGAUUGAUCAACUGAUUGGCAUCAAUUUCAAUAUUAUACUAAUUAUAUACGAUCAUUCUCAUUAUUUUCUGUGCAUUGAAUGAACAAUAAAUUAUCUUUCAAAGCAAAA